UUACUCAGCCAGGUGACAGCUGAGCCAGCAGAGGAGCAGCGCGGAGCUCUACGCAGCCCAGCACACGAAAUAAGCGGAUCCGUCUGCGCCAAAUCAGAGUCGACCACAAGCCGCCACUUAAUAAUCACGCUCACUGUUUGUUUAUUUACAUGUGCGCGCUCUGAACGCUCCGUCUUCCGCUCGUCGUUGCACAGCUAGCAGCGCCAGGACGUAACGACACAGCGGCUAGCUUGACUCGGUAACUCCCGGAGAAGACUCGGCGGUGUUUGUGUCCAGGUGACGUUAACAAGACGGACGACAUGUCAGAGCCGGUCGGGGAUGCGAAGCUGGAGGUGAAGCAGGCGAGCAAAGAGGUGAAGGAGAGCGAAAACGUGGCGGAGAAAUACUCAGCCAUGACCGUCAGCAAGAACAGCGAGAUGAACAUGGGAGAGCUGUCGACCGUGUUCAGCGCGGUGCCCACUCACAAACCUGUCAAAAAGCAAAUCCAGUUUGUGGAGGACAAGCAGGAGUUCAGCAGGUUUCCCACCAAGACAGGACGCCGCUCGCUGUCCCGCUCCAUCUCCCAGUCGUCCACAGACAGCUACAGCUCUGCUGCGUCCUACACGGACAGCUCUGACGAUGAGACGUCACCGCGGGACAAGACGCAGGUCAACACCAAGGGCAGCAGUGACUUCUGUGUCAAGAACAUCAAGCAGGCUGAAUUUGGCAGACGUGAGAUUGAGAUCGCAGAACAAGAUAUGUCAGCACUGAUCUCACUGAGGAAGAGAGCGCAGAGUGAGAAACCAUUGGCGGGUGCCAAGAUUGUGGGCUGCACUCACAUCACUGCCCAGACUGCAGUGCUGAUUGAGACUCUGGUGGCUCUCGGCGCUCAGUGCCGAUGGACUGCAUGCAACAUAUACUCGACACAGAAUGAAGUAGCUGCUGCCCUGUCAGAGAUGGGUGUGGCUGUGUUUGCCUGGAAGGGGGAAUCUGAGGAUGACUUCUGGUGGUGUAUUGACCGCUGUGUCAACACUGAGGGUUGGCAGCCGAACAUGAUCCUUGAUGAUGGAGGUGACUUGACACACUGGAUGUACAAGAAAUACCCCAAUGUGUUCAAGAAGAUCAGGGGCAUUGUGGAGGAGAGCGUCACUGGGGUUCACAGGCUGUACCAGCUAUCUAAAGCUGGGAAACUGUGUGUGCCAGCCAUGAAUGUCAAUGACUCUGUGACUAAGCAGAAGUUUGACAACCUGUACUGCUGCAGAGAGUCAAUCUUGGACGGCUUGAAGAGAACCACAGAUGUCAUGUUCGGAGGCAAACAGGUGGUCGUCUGUGGGUACGGUGAGGUUGGAAAAGGUUGUUGCGCUGCUCUGAAAGCGUUGGGAGCCAUUGUUUAUGUUACGGAGAUCGACCCCAUCUGUGCCCUGCAGGCCUGCAUGGACGGAUUCAGGGUGGUCAAGCUGAACGAGGUCAUUCGCCAGGUUGAUGUUAUCAUCACAUGCACUGGAAACAAGAAUGUGGUGACCAGGGACCAGCUGGACCGGAUGAAAAACGGCUCUAUUGUCUGUAACAUGGGCCACUCCAACACCGAGAUCGAUGUGGCCAGUCUGCGGACCCCUGAGCUCACCUGGGAGAGAGUUCGCUCUCAGGUGGAUCAUGUCAUCUGGCCAGACGGCAAGAGAGUGAUCCUUCUGGCUGAGGGACGUCUCCUGAACCUCAGCUGCUCCACCGUCCCUACUUUUGUCCUGUCCAUCACAGCCACCACUCAGGCCCUGGCUCUGAUAGAGCUGUACAACGCUCCAGAGGGACGUUACAAGCAGGACGUUUACUUGCUUCCCAAAAAAAUGGAUGAAUAUGUUGCUAGUCUGCAUCUGGCCACUUUUGAUGCCCACCUGACAGAGCUUUCUGAUGAGCAGGCAAAGUACCUGGGUCUGAAUAAGAACGGCCCUUUUAAACCCAACUACUACAGGUAUUAAUCUGCAAAGCACCUCAGACCACCUGUAUGUGAGCAGUUCCUGAUAUUAAAUGUCCUCCAGGCAAAAGACAGAUUUAUGUAUAUUGUAUUUUAUACUCUUCACAGGAUGCACAGCUUAUAUUUAGAUGUAUUUUAGUGGCCACGGCAGGUUUCGCUUUACUUGCUGCUUCCUACAGGUGAUGCACACGAUGGCACUCAGCUGGCUUUAAGAAGUUCGUGUAACUACAGCACUCAGCUGUCUCCUAAGAUUUUUAUUGCAUGUGUGUCUUCUGUACCUGCUGGUUCCUUUCUGAUAGCCAUUUACAAAUAGAUCAAUAUAUCGUGCCAAAAUAACUGUGAGAGGGGAGGGGAGGGUUUUUCUGAAAUGUUAGUGGUUGAUUGUGAAAGGAUUUAAACCUACAUUAAGCGCUAUUUUUUUUGUAUAAACACUGUAUUAAAUUCCUCCAUGUAAUGCAAAAUGAUCAUGUGAACGGCCAAACUCACAAAACUCCACAACUCAUUGAGCUUUUUAGACGCUUACGAGCAUAAAUUGUCUCCUUUAAUGGGCAGCUGGUUGUUUACAGAUGAGCCAUAACAACUCGAUAAGCUGACUGUAACUCAAAGCUUUGUCCUUGUAAGAGUUUAUUUUGGAGUAUUUCUACCGUCCAGUCUUCAAAAAUCGCUCAAUGAUCCUUAUUUUUUCUGCUUUGAUAUUGAAGCACUUGUUCACUUAAUACAUUCCAUCCACGAGCUACAGAGGAAAUGUCCAGACCUCGUUAGUAUCAUCACUUUUAUUGCUAACCUUCAGCAGAUCUGGGUAAAAAACAAAAAAAGGAACUUCAGUACUUGCUGAUCAUAGCAAACCUAAGAAGUGACAUUUAUUUUCUUGGAACCAACGUGUCCGUUUAUGAGGUUUUGGGGGCUGGUAGGAAUCACAUCUGCACCUCAGGGCAUUCAAAUUUCUCAAACUAUUUGUAAAUGUAUUUUUUUACCAGAUCUGCACUGUUUGAUUAUCCAUGUCUAAUCUCACCGUCACUCUUAUGAAAUGACUAUUUACAGUAGAGCUGUAAAUACUUUAGAGGUUUUGAUACUGUGUGUGAUCUGUGUCACCUGCUAGCUUUAGCUGUCAGGAGUGAAUGGACAUGUGCAGUCGUGUAUAUUUUGUGUAAAGCUGAGCGUUGCUGCAGACGGUGUGUUUCCACUGGACAGCAGCCUCCGAUGAGCCUCUCUCAGAAUGUGAUUUCUUGUUUAGAUUUGUCACAGGGCUCCGAUCUUGUGCUAACUAGAUGAUGUCUGUUUUUUAAUUAAAGAAUUUUAACAACAGAAAGUCAACUCCUUAAAUACUCUGGGACUAGACAUGGAUAAGCUUUGUUUUCAGCACAUGUGACUAAGCAGCUGUUAGCGUUACCUUCUAAGUUAUCUUGUGAUAUUAUAGCUAUAUUAACAACACAAUGUUUUUUUGUUUCUUAAAGACUUUCGUUGUUCAAAAGGCUUCAGCACUGUUUUGUGAGCCUUGUGAAAUGCACACUUACUUCUCUAUAUUCACGUCAUAUUUUUUAACAGACAGCAGGCAUAUUGGAUGAUGUAGUGAGUGAUUCAUUUUUUUAAAAUUCAAACUACACAGUGUACAGUGUCUUGCUGAAUUUAAAGCUCUUCAACACAUUUCAUCGUGCUGUAUUCGAUGCUGGUGGUCAGACGGCUGACAGUGUUGCCAUCUCUACCGAUCACCUGUUUAAGGUGUAUCCACCAAGUAUCCCGUUGCUUUCAAAAAAACAUCAUUUGCAUUCACCAGUAAUUUCUGUUCCACAUUUGUGCAGUGAUUUUGAAUGAGCAAGUGUUUGUUGAAUAGUAGCCCACAGUGUGCUACUGUGAAGUGCUUUCAUCUUUGCACUAACAGCUCUAAGGGCAUUAGAACCAGGGACGUUCAGUGAGGAUAUCAUUGUCAGCGAGAUGAGCGCUGUAGCCAUGGUUACUGGUCAGUUGACAGUGCCUUGAAACUCACUUAGUAAUUUAUAUUCACAUGUACAACUGUGUUUCUCUCCAAGUAUGUUAAUGCCCAACGCGGCUGUUAUUCUGCAAUAUCCAGCGAUAGCUAUGCAGCACUUCAUCUGCAUCCUUUCAAAAGUGUUUUAAUUCUGCAGGCGACGGAGGGUUGAUAAAUCAGUGUUUCACAUUACUCCUGUAGUAUGCUAUUAAUUACUGUGAACUGUUCUAGACAUUAGUAAGCAACACUUUAGAUUCUAUUAUGUACUUUUUUUACAUUGAUUUUAAUAAACACUUGUCAUCACAGUUUUAGUUCUUGUAACAACCACACACUUCAAUAUCUUAAUAGCACUUGAAAACUGCUCUCUGUAGUGAAUUCCUUUGCUUUAGCUGAUAGUAAUGGUCAUUUUAACCUAGUUUUAUCUCUAGUAUAGAGACAAAUGAAUGUGUUAUUACUGGAGCAAACGGCUUAACUCUUAUCAAACUGACGUAAACAAGCGAACCACUGUGAUUUGACAACUGUAUAUUGUUGCAUUUGGAUACAAGGCUCUGUAAAUGAUGUAUCGGCUGUAACGUAGACCUAUAUUUUCACCACUAUAGCUGUAGUUUAGUUUGAAGAACAUGAUUUCAGCAGAAUACACACUGUUAAACUUACGUGCACUGUUUCCUUUAAUAAACCGCUGUUCAAAUUUGAAAA